AUGGCGGUGCUUAGUUCGCUUUUCCUGCUUUUCAUGCUGGAAAAAUCCCAGAACUUCACCCAACUAGAUGGACUACUGAUGGGGCCCACCAGUGAUUUGCCCCAACUGGAACUUUGGCUGCGGGCGAGUAAAACGCAUGCGGAUGUGGAGAAUCCCUAUGUCCAGUGGUUCCUGCAUCAAGAGAGAAUACCCUUGAGCAUCGUUACAUAUGAGGAAAAUGAGGAUUGGAUGGCCGAUCCUUUUGGCCGGAAUAAUAUAGUGAUGGUGAUGAGCUUGGGCCAACUUAUAACCAAUCGCGGAGCAGCAGCACCCAAUCAGAAAGCCGGUGUUUUUUUCUAUAUCCUCGCAGAUCAAAUUGAGGACUUAACCCUUGAGGAACAACUUAGUUUGGAGGUUAGCUGUCGGCAAUUGUGGAUGCUGAACAAAAUCUACAAUCGUUAUUUUCUAACCGCCCAUGGUAUUUGGAUCUAUGAUCCUUUCAAGCGUCGCGAUUCCGCCUUUGGGCGAUUAGUGCGUUAUUUUGGCUCGGAGCCCCUGGAUAAACUGAUUUUCCAUGAUAUGGCUGGCUAUCCCAUGCGGAUCCAGAUGUUCAGGUCCGUGUACACACGUCCGGAAUUCGAUAGAGAUACGGGUUUGCUGACCAGUGUCACUGGAGUGGACUUCCUGGUGGCCCAAAUGCUCAGGGAGCGGCUGAAUUUCACCAUGCUGCUUCAGCAGCCCGAUAGGAACUACUUUGGAGAGCGCUCUGCAAAUGGCAGCUAUAAUGGUGCCAUAGGAUCGAUCAUCAAUGAUGGCCUGGACAUUUGUCUGACGGGUUUCUUCGUCAAGGAUUACCUGGUGCAGCAGUACAUGGACUUCACAGUGGCCGUCUACGAUGAUGAGUUGUGCAUUUAUGUCCCGAAAGCGAGUCGUAUACCCCAAUCGAUCCUGCCCAUUUUCGCAGUUGGUUAUGACAUUUGGUUGGGUUUCAUUCUAAGCGCCUUUGUUUGUGCCCUGAUUUGGUUAACACUGAGGAUUAUUAACCUGAAGCUGAGGAUUGUGAUUUUGAAGAAUAAGCAUCUUUUGGCACAGGCAUUGGGCAUAGUGGUGGAUACUUGGGUGGUUUGGGUUCGUCUAAAUCUGAACCACUUGCCAACCAGCUAUGCUGAAAGGAUGUUUAUCGGAACUCUCUGCCUGGUGAGUGUGAUUUUCGGCGCCAUUUUUGAGUCCAGUUUGGCCACGGUCUACAUACAUCCACUGUACUACAAGGAUAUAAAUACAAUGCAGGAGUUGGAUGAUAGCGGUUUGAAGGUGGUCUACAAAUACUCCUCCAUGGCGGAUGAUCUGUUCUUUAGCGAAACCUCACCGUUAUUCGCGAGUCUUAAUAAUAAACUCACCUGGAAUCGAGAUCUACAAGCGGAUGUCAUCGAAGAGGUGGCCACAGAUAGGGACAAGGCCGGAGUCUCCAGAUAUACCUCCUUGAUCUUGGAGUCUUCGCGAUUCACACUGCUUCACCAGAUUUGGGUGGUUCCCGAGUGUCCCAAGUACUAUACCAUCUCGUAUGUAAUGCCGCGAGACUCUCCCUGGGAGGAUGCUGUGAAUGGCCUACUUUUGAGGUUUCUGAGUGUUGGACUCAUUGUGAAAUGGAUUACGGAUGAGAAAUCCAGGGUGGACAUUAAGAUGCGGCUGAGUAUCCUUGAGGCAAAUGCCGAAUCUGAGCUUGUGAGGGUCCUUACCAUUGGAGAUCUUCAGUUGGCCUUCUAUGUGGUGAUCGGAGGCAAUUUGCUGGCUACUCUGGGAUUUUUUGUAGAGCACUUCUACAGGAAAUUACUAAAAAGGCUUACCGUAAAUAAAUAA